CUGUUCACCCUGGGCGUUGAAUUUCCCCUUGUUUUUUUUUCUCCCUAAGCUCAAACUGUCAGCAGCAGGUCAUCAUCAUCAGGGCCAGCUCUGAGCCAGGAUUUAUCAUUAUCCAGGUACUGAAGCUGGACAUCCGUUGGACGAUCCUGAAACACAGCAUUACUUCUACCAUCCACUUCUCUCCUCCUGUGUGCUGAUCUAGCAUGCUGCCUCUCGGGAUGUUGGGCACUCUCAUGCUCAUGUUUUUACUGUGUGAUGCAAACAGUAUGUGCCCCACUGAGCUCAACCCUCUCACCCUGGAUCCUCCUAAGGUUGUAGAAGAAUAUGGAGCGUCCGUCUUCGUAAACUGCACCAGCACAGAUCAUGAUCAUAAUGGGAUAUACUGGACGGUAAAUAAGGAAGUACAAAGAGACAUGGAAGAUGAGAAAAAUUUUAUCACCUGGCCAAUUUCACUGUCAGACUGGGAUGUGACGGCCGAGUGCAAAAUAAAGCUGACUAACAAUCAUGAAUGCAGCAAAGACCUUGAAAUCACUGUAUACAAGACUCCAGACACUGUGUCAGUCUCUGCGUUGGAUCAUGGUCCCAUGGUGGAGGGCAUAGAGUACCUGCUGAAAUGUGACAUCAUCAAUGUGGCUCCUGUGCAGACGCUCAAAGUGACGUGGUACAGAGGAAAUGAAACUGUGCACACACAACAAAUGUUUGAUGACACCAAUGUGGCCCCAGUCAAUGUGUCCACUACCUUAAGAUUCACUCCUGGGAGAGAUUACAACGCAGCACUUUUCAGCUGCAAGGCUGAGCUGCAUCUUGGACCAGAGGGGCCAGAGCUCAUCCCUACUGCAACCUCAUCACCUUACAUUGCUGUUGUGCACUAUAAGCCACUGAUCCAAGGUUGUCCAGGUCGUUACACUGGUGUGGAGAAUGAGUUCAGUGUGGACAAGUUGCCCUGUCGUGCUGAUGGGAACCCUCCACCCACUGUUCAGUGGUACUAUCAGGAAAACCAAUCAAUGCAUCCGAGCCUCUCACCAGGACUCACUCAGGAAAGUACACAGCUGAAGUUGUAAAUAGCCUUGGCAGGAGCAACACUUUUGUCGACAUCACAAUCGAAUAUAGCCCUUCAUUUACCUGUAAUGAGCGCUAUGAGGUUGAAGAGGGUGGUAAGCUCCAAACUAUGUGUGAACCAAAGGGAGUACCUGAGCCUUUCGUCACCUGGAUUAAAGACGGAAGAGAGAUGGCUUCCCACACCACUGGACAAAGCAAGAUAGUGGAAAAUACUUAAUUACAGCAACCAACAAACAUGGAACAGCCAACCAUACGCUAAACAUUGAGGUUUUGUAUGCUCCUGAGCUCCAGGACAAAAUGGAUUUUAAUGUCUCUGUGAAUGAGGGUAGUGAUGUCACUCUGAACUGUGAAGCUGAGGGGAACCCUCCUCCUGUCUUUCAUUGGACUUGUGAUGGGGUGAAUAUUUUGGAGAACGCGAAUAAUCUCAACAUUACUCGAGUACACGCCAGCACAACCUACCACUGCACAGCCACCAAUUAUCUGGGAAACACAACUAAGCAAAUCCAUGUUCAUGUGAUAAAAACUACCAAGACAACAGCCCUUGGUGCCGUGACUAUCCCUGAGCCAUCAGCACCAACAGUUUGCCCCCUAAUACUGUCGCCUGCUGAAAUCGUGGUGAGAUUUGGAGAUCCAGCUUCAGUUAACUGCAGCACAUCAGCCACAGGUGUUGUGGGAAUGGGCUGGGAGGCUGCAUUUGGUGGCACAGGGUUUCAAAAACCUCCUGCUGUCACCUGGAGGGUUGAAAAACUGGAAGAGUGGAAAAUGGAACCUAAGUGCUACAUGACUCUAAAAAAUAAUCACCAGUGUCAUGUGAUGCCGGCCAUCACUCUUUAUAAGACUCCAGACACUGUGUCAGUCUCUGCGUUGGAUCAUGGUCCCAUGGUGGAGGGCAUAGAGUACCUGCUGAAAUGUGACAUCAUCAAUGUGGCUCCUGUGCAGAAGCUCAAAGUGACGUGGUACAGAGGAAAUGAAACUGUGCACACACAACAAAUGUUUGAUGACACCAAUGUGGCCCCAGUCAAUGUGUCCACUACCUUAAGAUUCACUCCUGGGAGAGAUUACAACGCAGCACUUUUCAGCUGCAAGGCUGAGCUGCAACUUGGACCAGAGGGGCCAGAGCUCAUCCCUACUGCAACCUCAUCACCUUACAUUGCUGUUGUGCACUAUAAGCCACUGAUCCAAGGUUGUCCAGGUCGUUACACUGGUGUGGAGAAUGAGUUCAGUGUGGACAAGUUGCCCUGUCGUGCUGAUGGGAACCCUCCACCCACUGUUCAGUGGUACUAUCAGGGAAAACCAAUCAAUGCAUCCGAGCCUCUCACCAGGACUCACUCAGGAAAGUACACAGCUGAAGUUGUAAAUAGCCUUGGCAGGAGCAACACUUUUGUCGACAUCACAAUCGAAUAUAGCCCUUCAUUUACCUGUAAUGAGCGCUAUGAGGUUGAAGAGGGUGGUAAGCUCCAAACUAUGUGUGAACCAAAGGGAGUACCUGAGCCUUUCGUCACCUGGAUUAAAGACGGAAGAGAGAUGGCUUCCCCACACCACUGGACAAAGCAAGAUAGUGGAAAAUACUUAAUUACAGCAACCAACAAACAUGGAACAGCCAACCAUACGCUAAACAUUGAGGUUUUGUAUGCUCCUGUGAUCACUGAGAAAAAUUACAAUAGGAAGGUGAGCCCAGGUGAAAAUGUGACUUUUGACUGCCUUGCUGAGGGCAACCCUCCCCCGAAGAUACGUUGGAACUACACCCCUGCAGUGAAUGUGAGGGAGACCACUGGGUGGCACCAGACAAGCAUCAGCAUCACAAGAGCCACGUCUACCAAUGCUGGUGUUUACAUCUGUGUUGCCUCGAAUAAAGUUCGGAAUGUGACAAGACCUUUCACACUGCAGAUGAAAGAUAAAGCCUUUGAAUUCCCCCCAGCACUCAUAGUGGGGUUGAUAAUUCUAUUGGUCUUCGUCUGCAUCAUCAUCCUCGUGAUCAGUGUCCACCACUGCUGGAAAAAACAUGGACAAUAUAGUUUUGUCGCUGACAAAUCCUUUUCAGAUAUCCCUAUGACUACUCAGUCUGACGGGGUGCAAGCAUAGGAUAUUUAUUUACUUGCUGAAUAAGUAAGAUUAAAUCAAUCAGGGGAUAUUUCAUUUGUCUUGCAUGGCAAGAAUGGCCUGUUGUAUUUUCAUUUUAACUUGGUAUGAUCCUACGUUUACACCAGUGAGGUACUGAUUAGGACCAACCAGGUGAAUCCUAACAUAUAUUUUUAUUUGUGGGACUUUAAAGUGUCACCUAGCUUUAAUCUUUUUUUAUUUUUAAUAAAGUUACACAAUAGCCUG